GUUCGGCCAUCUUGCUUUUAAUUUUUUUCUUGUGUAUUGUAUACGUUUUCGCUUGUGAAGACUUGAGGACUCUUCAUUAUUUAACACCUCGUCUAUUUGGGUUUUCCAAUCUUUCGUUCGAAAAGAAAAUUUGUGCAUGUCAAGAACCAUUUCACCUAGUUUCUUCCCAACUAUUUCUUAAAGUGACCUGGUCUCAGCAUGGCAGCGAAAACUCAAAAUGCCCCCUUUGAGGACCUCUCGAACGUUGAGUUCGAAACCAGUGAAGAUGUCGAAGUUAUUGAUACAUUCUCCAGUAUGCACCUCAAAGAGGAACUUACAAGGGGAAUCUAUGCAUAUGGUUUUGAAAAGCCUUCAGCAAUCCAACAGAGAGCCAUCAAACCCAUCAUGAAAGGCAGAGACGUAAUCGCACAAGCCCAAUCCGGAACUGGUAAAACGGCCACAUUCUCCAUUUCGAUUCUGCAGUCUAUAGAUUUAACCAUGCGGGAAACGCAAGUACUUUGCCUGUCGCCCACAAGAGAAUUGGCUGUACAAAUUCAAAAAGUCAUUCUGGCUCUCGGCGAUUUUAUGAACGUGCAGUGCCAUGCUUGUAUCGGUGGUACUAAUCUUGGUGAAGAUAUCAGGAAAUUGGAUUAUGGACAACAUGUUGUUAGUGGGACUCCAGGAAGAGUCUAUGAUAUGAUUCGUAGAAGAGCUUUACGUACAAGAGGGGUAAAAAUGUUAGUCCUUGACGAAGCAGAUGAAAUGUUGAAUAAAGGCUUCAAAGAACAAAUUUACGAUGUGUACCGAUUUUUACCACCAUCCACACAAGUUGUACUUAUUUCUGCUACCCUACCUCACGAAAUUCUGGAAAUCACAUCAAAAUUCAUGACAGAUCCAAUUCGUAUUUUAGUAAAACGUGAUGAAUUGACAUUGGAAGGAAUCAAACAAUUCUUUGUGGCUGUAGAAAGAGAAGAAUGGAAAUUUGACACAUUGUGUGACUUGUAUGAUACUUUGACUAUAACACAAGCUGUUAUUUUUUGCAAUACCAAAAGGAAGGUCGAUUGGCUGACUGAAAAAAUGAGGGAAAACAAUUUUACUGUUAGUGCUAUGCACGGUGACAUGCCUCAAAAAGAGAGAGAUAAUAUUAUGAAGGAGUUUAGAUCAGGACAGAGUCGUGUUUUGAUUACUACUGAUGUAUGGGCAAGAGGUAUUGAUGUACAGCAAGUCAGUUUGGUAAUCAACUACGAUUUGCCAAACAAUCGUGAGUUGUACAUUCACAGGAUCGGUAGGUCUGGUCGUUUUGGACGUAAAGGUGUUGCAAUUAAUUUUGUAAAGUCUGACGAUAUCAGAAUUCUCAGGGAUAUCGAACAAUAUUAUUCGACGCAGAUUGACGAGAUGCCCAUGAAUGUUGCUGAUCUUAUCUAAGUAAUUUAUUUAUAAAAAAGUUUUCUUAUAUUGAAUUAAGAAUAUCUCCAAUCAUUUUGUUAAUUUCUUUAUAUAAAAUAUUUUUUUUUGUACAAUAAGGCUUGUCAAAAUAAAAUUAUAACUUCCUUUUUAUAUUAUUUUUUGUUCCCAUUUCA